UCGAAGAGAAAAUGUGUUUGAAACUUAAGAAUUUUAAGUUUGGCGUUGUUGUGUGUGUGUUAAGUUUGCAAAUGCAUAUUAUUCUUGGACAUGUAUUAACAACGACCACGACUGAAGCCACAAAAUUCCGUUUCGAAGGUGUCGAUUACUUUCAGCUACCGGACAACUUAAAAAUAUUGAAUUAUGACUGUUACACGAUCAACAUGGAAUGUAUUCGACAUUAUCCUAAUUUAAAUCCUGUGUGUGCGUACCGCAUUCUUUCGCAUCAAUACAAUGAUUACUUUAACCUCUGCGAAGUUGAGUUGGAGAACUGUUUAUAUAGAAUUCACCACAAUGUUGACAAUUAUUAUGGACAAGCGAGUUACGAUAACAAAGUUUUCUUCAACGGUGAAAAUUAUAAAUGUGAAUUUUAUGCAAGAAUGGGAGAAGAUAUGGACGAAGCAUACUUCGGUAUGGCUUCGAGAGAACUAGACGAGGUCAAGACUGAUAUACUCAGGUCCAUGAUAAAAGAGAAGAUGCCCAACAAUGAGCUCGUGUCGACUGCUUCGCUGGUUAAAAUGACUGGCGAUUUUGCCAAUACAACCGUUGGUAGUAUUAUGUAA